CCUUGUUUCUCUCGUGAAGAUAUGAAGAUUUUCACCGACACUCGCUUCUUUUGCCUUUCACUCAUUUUGCUCUUUUCAGGGAACAGCAUCAAUGCUUUCUCCUACGAUUACUCUGCCACAACAAAGUGCUUGGUAGAGCCCCAUAGAGCUCAAUAUGGAGGAGGGAUAAUAGUCAAUCCAGAUUUUAAUUAUAGCUUAGAGGGGUGGACAGCAUACAGACAAGGAGAAGUUGAAGAACAUGUUUCCAAGGCAGGCAACAGAUUCGUUGUGGUACACAAUACAACACACCCAUUACACAGUUUGUCGCAGAAGGUUCAACUUGAGAAAGGAAAGCUGUAUACUUUUUCUGCUUGGGUUAAAAUCAGUGAAGGAAGAGAGACAGUUUCUGUUGUCUUUAGAACUAGUGAUGGUGAACUUGUACAUGGUGGUAAAGUCAUAGCUGAGCAUGGGUGUUGGUCUCUCCUGAAAGGUGGGAUAGUUGCAAAUUUCUCAAGCCCUGUAGAGAUUGGUUUCCAGAGCCAAAACACAAAAGUUGAAAUAGGGAUUGACAGUGUAUCAUUACAACCAUUCACUAAGAAGCAAUGGAGAUCCCACCAAGAAGAAAGCAUCGACAAGGUACGUAAGAGCAAGAUGAGAUUCCAGAUAACUAAUGCAAACAAAACUGCAAUGCAAGGUGCUAUAGUCUCUAUCAAGCAAAUGAAGUCAGACUUCCCUUUUGGGUGUUGUAUGAACUACAACAUCCUCAAAUACACAGAUUAUCAAAACUGGUUUGCUUCAAGAUUUAAAUUUACCACUUUCACCAAUGAGAUGAAGUGGUAUAGCACUGAGAAAAUACAGGGUCAAGAAAACUACACUCUCUCAGAUGCCAUGCUAAAAUUUGCCAAACAACAUGGUAUUUCUGUCAGAGGUCACAACAUCUUCUGGGACGAUCCCAAGUUCCAGCCUGAUUGGGUCAAACCACUUUCCCCUGAGGAUUUACAAAAAGCUGCAGCAAAGAGAAUAAAUUCAGUGGUAUCAAGAUACAGGGGACAACUAAUUGCUUGGGAUGUUGUCAAUGAGAAUCUUCAUUUCAACUUUUAUGAGGAUAAGCUUGGAGAAAAUGCUUCAGCAGAAUUUUUUUCCACAGCUCAGAAACUUGACCCAAACACAAUUAUGUUCAUGAAUGAGUAUAAUACCAUUGAAAAUAGUUCGGAUGAGAGAGCAAGUGCAGUUAACUACAGAAAAAAAAUCCAGGAGAUUCUGCAAUAUCCAGGGAAUGAUGGCAUCAUAGCAGGUAUUGGUUUGCAAGGCCAUUUUGGGUCUGGCCAGCCAAAUCUAGCUUACAUGAGAUCUUCUUUAGACAUUCUAGGUUCCACAGGAUUGCCCAUAUGGCUUACAGAAGUGAAUGCUGAGAAAGACCCCAAUCAGGCUGAGAACUUGGAGGAAAUACUAAGGGAGGGUUAUUCUCACCCUGCUGUUGAAGGGAUCAUCAUGUUUGCAGGCCCAGAAAUAGGUGGUUUCAAGGAUAUGCCCCUUGCAGAUACAAACUGGAAAAAUACUCCAGCUGGAGAUGUUGUGGAUAAGCUGCUUGGUGAGUGGGAAUCUGGGACCCUGGAAGUCACAGCAGAUGACAGAGGAUUCGUCAAUGCUUUGCUCUUUCAUGGAGACUACAAUGUAACUGUACAACACCCAGAAGCCAACUCCUCCACCUCUCUAAGUUUUAGGGUGACAAAAGAUAUUCCACAACCAACCAUUAAUGUUCAAAUCCAUGCCUGAGUUUUAUA